CUUGGACCCCGUCAACAACGGUCUCAUUUAUCUUCUUCAUUCUCAAACUGUCCUCACUCGAUACCCAGCAUCUCGCAAACAUUCAUUCGCAAGAGGUAUUGUCGCAACGUCAAUUGUGCCUGUUCGUUUCCAUUCUGAAAGAAAAGUGACCAGAAAAUUGCUUCUCUCUUCACACCUUCAUACCUUCUCCCCUCUCUCGAUCUCUUCUCUGCCACCAACAUCGCAUUUCUGCAUACCUCCACAUAAUCACCUCCUCACACACUCACACCCUCUCUCUCCACCUCAACACAUACCAGUCGACAGUCGAUUCUCAUCCAACGGUACCACCCUUCUCUUCCUCUCGUCUUCAUCUUUAUUUGCUUAUCCCCUUGGCACUCAGCCUUAACAGAGGACUGACCCCAUCCCUUUCAUAUCGCCCGCUAUAGCAGAUAAUCCUCUCUGCUCAUGUCCAACCCAAGUGACACACCCUUGGGCGAUGGCGACCCAAGGCAGCCAGGAAUCCUGCGCAACCCUUCCCUGCAGCCAUCUAGCCAGCACCCAGGACAACACCCUCGUCCUCAAGAAACUGUCGUGUCUGGUCUCAAUAAUGAGAAACAACAAGUCGAUGACGACGACACCGACGAAGAUAACGAUUCCGAGAACGGUUCCGAGAACGGCACCUACGAGGAUGCUAUCAGCGGUCGUUGGGGUGAAGGUCCCUCGCGCGUGAACGUCGUCGGAGCCGAAAAGGACUUUAAAAGCCUUGAGCGCAAACUGACGAGACGAUCGUCACUCUACCGUGUUACCACUGGCGAGAAAACCCAGGAUGAUGGCGGUGACUUUGAUUUAACAGAGUACCUUAAGAACAUUGUGCCCCAAGCACAGGCCGCCGGAAUCAAAGGUCGUAACCUCGGUGUGGCCUGGGAGAACCUCGAGGUCUUAGGUGAGGGUGUCGGAGCGCAGCAUAUCGCCGUGUUUGCGGAUCCAUUUAUCGGUCUUGCGAAUCUGGUUAACCCAUUCUUCUGGGCCAAGAAAUGCUUUUCCCGUGGACAGAAGCGACCAAAGGUCAUCACCAAGACGAUUCUUCAUCCCAUGAACGGAUUUUGUCGUGAUGGUGAGAUGAUCUUGGUCCUGGGUCGCCCUGGAGCCGGAUGCUCGACCCUCCUGCGUGUACUCGCCAACGAGCGCAAGAACUACAAGCAGAUCACGGGUGAUGUCACCUAUGGCCCUUUCACUGCUGAGGAGAUUGCAGUGCACCAUCGUGGCGAGGUCUUGUACAACCAAGAAGAUGACUUCCACUAUCCAACCCUGACGGUGCGCCAGACCCUGGAGAUGGCUCUUAAAACCAAGACACCCUCGAAGCGUUUGCAGGACCACCGCAAGGACUUUGUCAGCGAGUUCCUCAGCGUCCUCACAAAGAUGUAUGGUCUCACGAAGCAGGUUGAUACCGUCGUCGGAAAUGCCUUUAUCCGUGGUAUUUCCGGAGGAGAGCGCAAGCGUCUUUCGAUCGCUGAGCAGAUGGCCACUCGCUCAGCUGUCAACAUGUGGGACGGUUCCACUCGCGGUCUCGAUGCCUCCUCGGCUCUUGAUUAUGUUAAAUCACUGCGUGUUCAGACCAACCUGCUCAACAAGGCAACCGUCGUCACCAUCUACCAGGCUUCUGAGAACAUCUAUGACCUGUUCGACAAGACCUUACUGCUUUACGAGGGUCGCUGCAUCUUCUUUGGUCCAGCAAAUGAGGCGCGCCAGUAUUUCAUCGAUCUUGGAUUUGAAUGUCCCGCUCGUCAAACCACAGCGGAUUUCCUCACUGCUAUCACGGAUCCUCAUGAGCGCAAACCUCGCUCUGGCUUCUCUGGCCGUGUUCCUCGCUCCUCCAAGGAAUUUGAGGAUGUGUACAAGGCCUCGCGCUACUAUGAACUGGAGGAGCAGCAGCGUAUCGAGUAUCGGGGCCAGGUCCAAGAGGUCAACCCUGUCGAUGAUUUCAAGGAGGCGACAAAGCAGACGAAGCAGAAGCACGUUUCGGUCCAGGACCCUUACACGAUCAACUUUGUGGCUCAGGUCAAGGCCCUGACUGUGCGCCAGUUCCAGCUCACAAAGGGAGACAUGACCUCCGUCGUCUCCCGUUAUGCCUCCAAUGUGAUCAAAGCUAUCAUUGUCGGAAGUGUCUUCUUCCUGUUGCCCAUGUCUGCCAACGGUGCCUUCACUCGUGGAGGUGUCUUAUUCUUCUCCCUGCUCUUCAACGCCCUGAUCUCUCAAGCUGAAUUGCCAAUGGCUAUGCAAGGUCGUCCGAUCUUGUACAAGCACAAAGGAUUCGCCAUGUACCGCCCUGCUGCCUUUGCGAUCUCACAGAUCUGUGUCGAUAUUCCCCUGGUUAUUAUGCAGAUUCUUCUGUUCUCUGUCGUGCUUUAUUUUAUGUCAGGGCUGCAAAGGACUUUUGUCAAAUGGCUAUUAUUCUGUAUCAUUCUAUUCCUCUGUGCUCUCUGCAUGACCGCAUUCUUCAGAAUGUGGGCAGCAGUCUCGGCCACCUUCGAUGCUGCAUCGCGUAACUCUGGUCUGAUUCUCUUGGCCUUGAUCUUGUAUUCCGGAUACAUGAUUCCGUACCAGUCCAUGCAUCCAUGGUUCAUCUGGAUCUUCUGGAUUAAUCCGCUCGCAUAUGCAUUCAAAGCCCUGAUAUCGAACGAGAUGACGGGAUUGACGUUUGACUGCGCCGGUCCAGCCAUGAUUCCUCGUGGUCCCUCCUACACUGACAUCAACUAUCAGGUCUGCACCCUCGCUGGGUCCAAGCCCGGUACCACCCUAGUCGAUGGAUCCGAUUACCUAUAUGCCGCAUAUCGUUACAAGACAUCCGAAAUGGGACUCGAUAUCUUGGCCGUUAUUCUCUUCUGGCUGUUCUUUGUCUUCGUCACAUGCUAUGCGCUCGAGAAAAUCGAGUUCGGCAAGGGUGGUUUCAGUACCAAUGUCUACAAGAAGGGCACCCAUCUGGCAGAGCCCCAUCCUGAGGACGAAGAGACCCUUCACAACGCCUCGGGAUCCACUGUCAACAGCGUUGCCGUUGCACCCAAGGCUAACGUCCAGAGCGAUAAGGGUGACUCAACUAUUGAGAUCGCGGAUAUGGCCAAGGGAUCCGUUUUUGCCUGGGAGAACCUUAACUACAUUGUUCCUUACAAGUUCGAUCCUUCGGGCCAGAAGCAGUUGUUGACCGACAUUGCGGGUCUUGUCAAGCCUGGAACCAUGACCGCUCUGAUGGGAUCCUCCGGUGCCGGAAAGACGACUCUUCUGGAUGUCCUCGCUCAGCGCAAGAACGUCGGAACCGUUUCCGGAACUGUCGAGGUCGAUGGCGAGCCUCUUCGUCGUGAUUUCCAGCGGACGACCGGAUACUGUGAACAGCUCGAUGUCCAUGUCCCCGAGACUACUGUCCGUGAAGCCCUCCAGUUCUCUGCUUACCUUCGUCAGCCCGCUAAUGUUUCUGAGGCCGAGAAGGAUGCGUACGUUGAAGAGAUUAUUAAGAUUCUUGAGAUGGAAAACAUUGCGGACGCUGUCAUUGGUACCACUGAGUCUGGUUUUGGUAUCUCGGUCGAGGAGCGCAAGCGUUUGACAAUCGGUGUCGAGCUCGUGGCCAAACCCAAGUUGCUGUUCCUGGACGAACCCACCUCUGGUCUGGAUGCUCAGGCGUCGUACAACAUCAUGCGUUUCAUGCGCAAGUUGACGGAUCAGGGUCAAGCUAUCCUGUGCACUAUCCAUCAGCCCUCUUCCCAGUUGUUUGCGUUCUUUGACGACCUGCUUCUGCUCGCCAAGGGUGGAAGGACCGUCUAUUUCGGUGACCUCGGCCCAGACUCUUCUAUGUUGAUCAGCUACUUCGAGAGGAACGGUGCACCCAAAUGCGCUCCCCAUGCCAACCCUGCCGAGUAUAUCCUGGAUGUUGUCAACGCCCGCCAUUCUGGACUCGAAUGGCCCCAGAUAUGGGAUGCCUCGCCUGAGCGGAGGGAGCUCUCGUCUGCCAUCCAGGCCACACGCAAGCAUCCACACGAUGCCAGUGGCUCUGGUUCGCAUCACCAGCGCCAGCAUGAUGAUGCGCUGGAGUACGCCUCAGGUACCAAGUUACAGCUCAAAUAUGUCUUCAAGCGCAUGUCCCGCACCUACUGGCGACUACCUCAGUAUAAUUUCGGCCGUAUCUUCAUGAUGAUCAUCUUUGCGCUCCUCAAUGGAUUCUCGUUCUACCGACUGGGCGGAUCCAAGGUCGAUCUCCAAUCCCGUGUGUUCGUCGUUUUCCAGAUCAUGGUCAUGGCUGCCUUGCUUGUCAACAUGGCCCAACCCCGGUUCCAUACGGAGCGUCAAUGGUUCUACCGCGAGCUCGCUGGAAAGUACUACGGAUGGAUGCCCUUUGCAGCGUCGAUCGUCCUGAUCGAGAUUCCCUAUGUGAUCCUGGCGGGAACCGUCUUCUUCCUGGUCUUUUACUGGACAGUCGGAUUCGUGUCGAGCUCGAUCCUGACGUUCUUCACCUGGUUAAUGUUGAUCGUCUUCUGUUUGUUCGCGGUCACGCUGGGUCAGGCUAUUGCGGCGCUCACGCCUUCGACGACGGUGGCAGCGCUGCUGAACCCGUUUAUCUUUUCGUCACUGAACUUGUUCUGCGGUGUCAUGAUGCCAAAGGCCUCGAUGCCUAAGUUCUGGUCCUCGUGGAUGUAUUGGCUUGACCCGUACCACUAUGUGAUCGAAGCCUUGGUUACUGUUCAGCUGCACGACGUCCGCGUUAGAUGCGAAGGGGAUGAAUUCUCGGUGUUCAACACGCCCGCGGGCCAGACAUGUGGGCAAUACGCGGCCUCGUUCAUGCAGGCUGCGACGGGAUACAUCAACAAUCCGAACGAUACCUCGAACUGCCAGUACUGCGAGUAUUCGUACGGCCAGGACUUUUACCAAGGCCUAAGCAUGGACUUUGCGUAUCGCUGGAGGAACCUGGGUAUCAUGUGCAUCUACUUGGUGUUUAAUAUCAUCAUAGUCGUGGUUGGUAUCCGCUACCUCAAGUGGAACAAGAGGUAAACGCGCGAUCCAACGCGUCUCUAUUUUUUUUAUUUUUUAUAUUCGAGGCCUUUUAUUUUUAGAUAGCCCCACGUAAUCUCCAUAAAGCAAUAAAAGCUUUUUUAUGUUUCUUUAAA